AUGGGCCAACAGGUCAAGUGGCCCCCAAAGAUGAAAGCACCUGACUCGUUCCGGAACCAGGGACUCUGGUGCGACUUCCAUCUUGAUCACGGCCACAAAGCUGAAGACUGCGUCUCCCUGAAGAUCGAGGUCAACAAACUGCUCCAAAAGGGGUAUCUCGGAGAAUUCCUUUCAGAGAAAGACAAGGCUCAUCUUAGCAAAGAAGCAUCAGGGAAAUCCAAAGGAGACGCACCAAGCUCACCACCUCGCCAGGACCGGGUGAUUCAUGUCAUCUCAAGAGGCUCUGAAGUAAGUGGCGUGAGUCAUGCAGCUGCGAAGAAGACAUUCGUCUCGAAGGCAAGUCAAACCCCACGGGUCAUGCAUCAAUAA